AUGGCUCUAGAGUACCUCCCACAGGGAUCUUCACAGCUCUCUCUUGUCGAUCACGGCGACCUUCCGGAACUAGACAACGCUGCACCUGGCUACCUCACUGCCACUCCAAACUCCAGCAAUUUGGAGAUUGAGGACAACGCCACUGCAAGAGAACAUUUCGGCCGUCAGCUUCUGAUUGAAGUCAUCUGGUAUGUUAGGAUGAUUCCUUACAAGAGCCGUGCUUGUACAGAGUGUAAGAAGCACAAAGUCCGAUGUGACCAGUCUCCUGGACAAUCAAGCUGCGUACGAUGCGGAAAGUAUGGCUACCGUUGCGUCAGUAGUAACAAGCUGGAGAGAAUCAUCGAAGACGAUCAAGACUGGAAGAGAGGGGCCGAUACCAACAUCAUCCAACUUCAAGCUGCAGUGACGGAACUACUCCAACGAAAUGGCAUGCCGCCAUUGUCUUCAUUCCCUGCCAGCCCUAUGGAGAUGAGCAACCGCGAUCGUCUCAGGCUGGGCUUUGCUGCUGGUGCUACCAAAGACAAUCGAGAGGGUAGAACUCGGGAGACCUCACAGGAGCCAGCAGCAGAACAAGAGAUUGUCUCUGCCCCAAUGCGCAGUUUGUUCGAGGUUACCAAGCUGAGAAACAUUCGAAGUGACGUGCCGCAGCAGAGGACUACAAGGACCCCGGAGGAUGAUCUGAUAUCUCGUGGCGCCCUCCCUCACUAUGUGGCCAGGGAAUUGUUUUCAUUCUUUGACAGGACCAUGAAUCAUAUCUUGUGGGGAGGAAUCGCUCUUAUUCACCGAGACCUCGAGUCUGCUCGGAGAUCUUCCUCGCUCCUUUGUGCAGCCAUCCUUGCCGUGGCAGCCUUACACAUUCCUCAAGGGGAUGAGAUUUUUGAAUUUUGUUACUCCGAGUUUGUGUCGUUGGUGUCUGGAUCUAUCAUCUGCCGCGACCACAACCUUGACGAUAUUCGCGCUCUUUGCAUCGGCGCCUUCUGGCUCUCGGAUCUCAGCUGGAAACUAUCCGGGGUGGCUGUUCGCAUCGCAACCGAGCUCAAUCUCCACCAAUCUUUCCAUAAGAUGCAACGAGGUGAGCCUGAUCAGUAUGAGCGAGCGCAGUUAUGGUAUCUCCUCUACGUUUGUGACCAUCACUACAGUAUUGCAUAUGGUCGUCCUCCCGUCAUACACGACAAUGCGGCAAUCAAAGGCUAUGAAGCCUUUCUGAAUGCUCCAACGGCCGGGCCAGCCGAUAUCAGACUGAUGGCUCAGGUGGCCCUGUUCAUUAUUCUAACCAACACAUAUCACAUCUUUGGGUCUGACAGCCAACAACCACUAGACGAGGAGGAUUUCACUACUUUAAGAGCAUUCUGUCUUGAAGUGGAAGAAUGGCGGAUGAAAUGGCAACCUAGAAUAGCGCCGAACCCAUAUGUUGGCAGUUAUCCGUCGAAAGGCGUUGUACUGCAUUACCAUUUCGCCAAGUUACAGCUCAACUCUCUUGCUCUGCGGGCGAUUUUACCAAGCCAUCAGUUCUCUCUAGAUCGCAGAGAGGCGGCCAAUUCAGCUAUUGCUUCUGCUAUGUCCACCAUGAACUUGGUUCUUCAUGAGCCCGAUAUCCGCAAUGCCGUGGCCCAUGUGACUCUGUUCAAGCACACCAUGAUAGCGUUCGCUGCCGUCUUUCUACUCAAGGUUGUGUGGAGUUGGAACUCCGCCUCGCUCAAUAUCGAGAGACGUCAAGUUUUGGACCUUGUUCAAGCCGUUGUGGAAUUGAUGUCAAGUGUCCAAGCAAGUCGAAGACAUUUAUGUCGCCACAUUGCCACUGGAUUGAGCAAGAUGAUCUCCAGACUGAAGACCAAAUUUUUGGCCCAAUCACGUCGUGAUGGAGACGAUACUUUCAACAUCACCACGGUUAUAGAUGACAAUUCCUACGGUUCAAUCAGUGAGAGCGUCUCAGAUGCUUUUGGGUUUGAAGAUGACUGGAUGCUCACAUCGUCUAUCGACCCAUUUUGCUUUUCAAUUACAUGA